AACUUUCCGACACAGCGGGCGGACACCCGCGGCUCGUACUUCAAACGUGAUCCCCACAGAAUCUAAUCCACUCCCUCCAAAAUCUAGGUUUAGGGUUUUCUCCGUUCCCCAAUUCUGGAGGCUUCUCCACUCUCUGCAUUGAACCCAAUGGCUGCCGUCUCUGCCACCUCGAUCAGGUUUGGAUCCACCUUCAAGCCCGCGAGCUGGAGCAGUAACCAGACAGGUGGAAGGAUUUCAAAUGUGAAGUUGGUCUCUAUGGGCAUAUCAAAGAGGAUCUUACCCUCCUUGAGGUCCUCACACUUCCACAUUUGCUGUGCGGCUAAGCCCAAAACUGUGGAGAAAGUUUGUGAGAUCGUGAAAAAGCAGUUGGCGUUGAAAGAUGAGAUAGUUCUCACUCCUGACUCCAAAUUUUCUGCCCUCGGUGCAGAUUCUCUGGACACGGUAGAGAUUGUGAUGGGUCUGGAAGAGGAAUUUGGCAUCACUGUGGAGGAAGAUAAUUCCCAGAACAUCACUACAAUCCAGGAAGCAGCUGACCUAAUAGAGAAGUUGGUUCAGCAGAAAGCCGAGGCAUAGAGAAUUAUAUAAAAUUUGUAGAGAGGGUUAUAGUGGAAAUUUUGGAUUAGUUUCAUGGUGAUUCAUAGACAUGUUACAUUAUUAACCAUUCAUACAUUCUUCUGGAAUUUAAACAAUUAUUUUGUGUCUGAGAGUUGUCGGCCCUCAGUCUUCAUCGGAAAACUAUGAUUGCUUGGUGAGUGCUGCUAGUAUAGGGGGAACUAAACCUAUUUCAUGCAAAUGUCAUCUGCUUAACUCCUUUUUGUGCUAA